AUGGCGGCUCGGCGAGCUUCUCGCUUGAAGAAAGAGCUGGAGCGGCUGAGGAGGGACCCUCCACAUGGCGUCACGUGCUGGCCAAAGGACGAGAGCCGCAUAGACCACCUGCAGGCCCAGCUACUGGGCGCCGAAGGCACUCCGUACGAGGGGGGUGUGUUCUCCCUGGACAUCAGAAUACCGGAGCGCUACCCUUUCCUGCCGCCGCAGGUCCAGUUUUCGACGCCCAUCUACCAUCCAAACGUGGACACGGCGGGCAGAAUAUGCCUGGACGUGCUCAAGUCCCAGCCCCAGGGCUCGUGGAAACCAGCCCACAACCUUUCCACCGUCCUGACUUCCAUUCAGCUGCUGCUGUCCGAACCGAAUCCGGACGACGGCCUCAUGUCCGAUAUAUCCCACGAGUACAAACACAACCGACCCCAGUUUCUGGAGAAGGCUCGGCUGUGGGUGAAGAAGCAUGCAAGCGGUGAACUGCGGGAGGGUGUGAGGUGUGAGGAGGGGGAGGAGGAAGUGACUCGGAAGAGAAAGGGGCCAGUGGUGAUGAUUGGUGAGGAAAGCAGUGAAGUAAAGAAGAGCAGAAUUGUGACUUAG